UGCGACUCGCCAUUCCGUUAGUCGCGAUUUAUUUACUUUUCCCCGUUUGGAUUGCAACGUUCUGUUAGUUGCCGACUAGCCAUUCAUCAUUCCGUUAGUUGGUUAAUUACCGAUUUACGAAGGUAGAUUAGAUAGAGAAAAAGUUAGAUUACAUAAAGAAAGUUAGAUAGAUAGAUUAAGAUUAGAUAGAGAAAAAAGUUAGAUAAGAUUAGAUAGAGAAAAAAGUUAGAUAAGAUUAGAUAGAGAAAAAAGUUAGAUAAGAUUAGAUAGAGAAGAAAGUUAGAUAAGAUUAGAAAGAGAGAAGUUAGAUAAGAUUAGAUAGAGAAAAAAGUUCGAUAGAUUAGAUAGAGAAAAAAGUUAGAUAAGAUUAGAUAGAUUAGAAUUGAGAAGAGAGACGGCAAGUUUGCAAAGUGCAGCGUGAAAGCGAUGAGGAGGACGUUAAAGCCGGGCGAGAGGACGUAUUAUGGCGAUUCUGCCUUGUUUCUUGGUGCUUCAUCUUCUAUGGGACCCGUAGACUACUCUAACGGAACGACAGAUGGCGUGCAAAACAACUGUGACGCUGACGACCCAUAUGGGACUCGAACCCCCGUCGCUGCGGCAAACUGGAGGAAGAGCAGUGGAGGUGUUGGAUCCUCCUCCUCAUCUCUCUCCCCCUAUGGUGUCCCGGUUUCCUUCUCUCCCUCUUCCUCCGCGCCCUCGUCCUCCUCUUCUCGCGGAUUGUUGCCCGACAGCCUACCUCGAGACUCAGUACCGUCCCCUUAUGAACCCCUACCUCCAUCGCUAUCGUCGGAACCGACUCGUGUUCCGCAAUCAGGACAUUGUCAAGUGGCAGCUGCUCCAUCCGCGCAGAAUCUGCAGCAGAAGGGAUCGAGAUCUCAGAGUGGGGAAGAAAAUGCAAUGGCGGUGAAACUUCAGAGAAUCUUCGACGAGGUUACCGAGAAAGUUGGGGUGCUCAAGAAGCUCGGGAUGAGCCACGGAACAGUCGCUUGGAGCAACGUAAAGAAGAGGGCAUCGGCGGCCGCGGCCGCGGCGGCGGCGGCGGCAGGGUCAGCGGGACUGCGGCCAUCUGCGCAGGCAGCGGCGCAGGCGUCCCGCCGCCCAACGUCGGAAUCCUCGAAAAUGCCGAUCGGCGGCGGUGACCCGUAUGACGUGGCCGCAGCUAAGAAACGAGUGGCAGCGGUGAUGUCACGUGGGGUGGUGACUCUGCCGCCAAUCCCGCAGAUGUUGAGUUGGGUGCUGCUGGUGUUGGUAUGCAUCCAGGUGGCAAGCGCUGUUUAUCGGUUUGGAGCGGGAAGUCUUCCGGCGCCGCGCGGUAUGCGCGCCAGUGGGCAUCUUUUCUCAGAAGCGCGGGCGCGACGCCAUUUGACCGCUUUGCUAGCGAUGGGACCUCGGCCGAUCGGUUCAUCCGCGCUGCACGGCGCCGUAGAGGUGGCCACAAAUGCUGCUUUCUCAAUCCCCACCCUCGACGAUGACAGGGCCCUGGCCAAGAGCAUCAGGGACAAUGUCAGAGCCGAGCCUCCGCUGGGGGUGCUUGGGAUCCUGCCACGAGAGCAGACAACCAAAGGGAAGGUGCUGGAAAAACAGAUCUUCACCCCCUUCGACCCCAUCCUGGUCAAGCUCGAUGAGAGAGCAAAACUCAGCGAAGGCCUGACCUGGAGGGCGUGGGACACAAUCACAACGCUGCCAUACAACGUGCUGAACGGAAGGUUCAGCACGUUCGACAUCAUCACAGACUCGCUGGCUGACAUCAUUAGGACCCGCCUAUUGACCUCCAAGACCUCGUUGCAGGACGAGGCGACCCCCAUCGACGUGGACAUGGGAAGGAAAGAAUCGGACAUGGAGAACGAAGAGGAAGAAGAGAUGGAAGUGGGCGACAAGAUCUCUCCAGGGGGAGACGACGCCGGGCCUCCGGCGACGUCGGAGAGCAGCGCUGGAGAGUACGGCCUGGGCUCCUCAGCAGCAAGUGAGGACAGCAGGGACUCGGACACCGACAUCAGCAAGACCCAGGCAGUCGUGGACUGAAUAACUUACCGCAGUAAAAAUAAAACCCCACCCCACAA